UUGGACAAAGUCCAAAUCCACGGCAGUUCCUCCUUCCAUUGAUAGUUUCUACUCAACCACUUAAAAAUGUAUCCUACUAAAUUACCUUAAUAAAUCUAGCUGCUCUUACCUAAUUGUUUCUCAUCUCAAUUCUUCUUCAAGCGUUUCAUUGUUUUGAUCAAAACCCCAUUUCCAUUUUCCAACCAUCGAAUCUAUAGAAUUUCUACCUCAACUUGCAGAAUGAGAAGCAAAGGACAUAGCCAUAACAAGUUUGUGCGGUUCAUUACAGUUCCUUUUAAAGCUUUAGGCAAGGCUAGGGAUCUUUAUGUUAGAAGUUUGACAAGAUGUGCUUCAAGAGUCAGCUAUGGACAAAGCUCGGACGAAUUCACAGGGCAAUACUCAGGCUUGCCAAGGAGCUUUAUUGCAAUCUCAGAAAAAUCAAAUUAUGACAAUGAAGAUCUUAGAGAGCUGAUUAGAGCUGCAUCUGUUAGGAGCUUGGGUCAUAGGAAUGAAAUAGAGAUGUUUUUGCAACAACAAUUGGGGCUGAAGAUGGGAUCAAAAGGGUUACCAAAGAGUUGCAGUGUGGGAAUGGGAAGAAUCGAUGAAGACAAGCCUUGUGAGUUUGAAGUAAAUGAUGCUGCUGUUGCUGUUGUUGAUAAGAAGCAAGAUUUUUUGUAUCCGAGAAGCAAAAGCUAUACUGUAACAAAAAGAAGUGUUUCUUUUGAUUCCUAUUGAUUCUGUAAUUGCAUAUAAAGGGAGGUAAAAGAACCUCUCUUUUUCCCUCUUCGUUGUUUCACUUCUUUUGAUUUUUUUUUUUUUUGAAGUGUUUUCAGAUAUGAUGGUAUAUAUUGUUAAUGGAAUUGUCUGC